UCAGAACAAAAUUCCGCACUAGCACGAAAUUCACGUUCAGCCCCCGCAAAAUCAUCCACACGCCAUGGGAGCCAAGCUCGAGCCAUUGCCACGGGGAUGUAGCUGCAAAGAAUUCGAGGAAAAGCUUGUAAAAUGGAGAAGAAGAAACGAAAGAGAACCGUGACAAAGCCAAUGAAACGAUGGACUUUGGGUGAAGAGGAUCAAAUACUUGAUUACCUAAUUGCCAAUAAACCAAUUGAGCUACCAACAGCAGUUGUCUACUAUGGGAAUUUAAUAAAGGACCUCAAAUGGACAAUUGAGCCCAAUUUGGUGAGACACAAAGUUAAGAAUAUGAAGGAAGUUUUCUAUAAGAAUCUCGCCUGGGUCCAGACAGUGGCUGAGAAUGAGGAAUGUGAUGAGAAAAUGAUUGAUGAACAUUUGCGAAAGCGCUGCCCUCACUUCAAGAAGCUCGAAAUUCUCUUCUCAAGCAAUCCCAGGGCAAAGGUGGUGCAACUAAAGACAUUCCUUGAUGUUGAGGAAGUUAAUUUAACCACAGAAAGCAAUCAAAAUGAUGCCCAGGAUGACACAAGUCUCGAUGAGUACGAUGGGUACAAAUGUGAAGGAGAGAAUUCCGAUACAGACUGGGUACUACAGCAGGAAUCUCAAGCUACUACCUCGGAAGCUCCGGUAGAUGCUCCUGAACCGGGAGAUCCUCUUGAGAAUCUCAAAAAUUCCACCACAAAUGACAUUGAUAAGGAGCAAUUGUCUCUGCAGUGGAUGCGAUUGGAGAUUGAAAAGGAAAAACUCUCAAUUGCCCGGGAGAAGAUUGCAAUGCAGCGUGAACAGAAUCAGGAGGAAGCCAAGUUUAGAAUUCUCGAAUUGGAACAGCAGGGAAUCCUGAAGAGGUUGCAAAUUGAAAAGGACACCGAAGUGAGGAAGUAUGAAUUAUCUCUCAAGUAUAAAGCUGAAUUAAAGCCGGAAAUGUAGAAUUAAAAAAUGGCGUGUAGGCAUUUUUCAAAAUGGCUGACAUUCUUUAAAUUUAUUUUGUUAAUUAUCUAUUAUAAAACGUAAAUAAGAAUAAUUGGGUAUGGAAAUAUGUCUUUUUUAAGAAUCUAUGUGUUUUUAACAGUUUUACAUGAUUUCAUAAAAGGAAAUCUUUGUUAAAUUCCUUAAAAAUAAAAUAGAUAAUAAAAAUCUAA